CGAUCGCUCGUCUUUUAUUCGUUGGGUUUUUGACAUCUCGUCUUUUGUUCCGGCCGCGGUUCUUGUUUAGAUUUGGAGGAAGAAGUGCGGUCGGGAUUUAUCUCCGUAAAUCAAUCUAGGGCUGAGAGGACCGAUGGCCAACUUAGAAAACUCGUCCAUCGGGUAGCUCGGGCCAGCAAAGGGGAUUCGUAGACACGGGCGGCGGUUCCGCCGCUCCUCUUCCUGUUGUUCCUCCCUCGUUAAUCUCCCCAUAAUUGUCCACGAGCCGAAGGUGCCUGAUUUUAUCCGUCUUUGUGAUUGAUACCGUCUGUUCCCCGACGGAAUCGUGUUUUCUAUUGUUUUGGGUCGAGUAAUUAAAAAAAAAAGGAUUAGGGUUUGUGAGGGAUUCCUUUUGAUGUCGGUCUUUGUAGUUUCAAAAAAUCUAGUAAUGGGCAAGACAGUCAAUCUAGGGUAAAUCCUGUGAGUGCGAGUUCUGAAGCGAGUGGUUCCCACUGCCACCGCCCAUCGGGCUGUUCAGAAUGGUGCUGACCCCUCAUCGGCGCCCUCUGAUGGAUUUUCAGAUGCACAAGCCUCAGGGAGGGCAAAGCCAGUCGAUAUGCCAACCCCUACAAAUGCAUCCCGAGCCAUUCCUAAGGCACCAUCUUCUCAAUCUGCUGCUGGAGCUUCAAAUUCUGCUGCACCAUCGGUACCAUCUAAAGGGGAAACAUCCAGCGCUUUUACUCUUCAGUUUGGCUCAAUAAAUCCUGGCAUGAUGAACGGAUUGCAGAUUCCUGCUAGGACCAGCUCAUCCCCGCCAAAUCUGGAUGAGCAGAAACAUGAACAGGCUUGCACUGAGUCAUUCAGGGCUGUCCCUGCGUUGCCUACACCUCCUGCCCCAAAACAGCAGCAGCAGCAGCAGCAACAGAACAGAAAGGAUGUCAGUGGUGCUCAUCAAUCUAGCAGUGGGGAGUCCCAUUCUUUACCUGAGGUAAAGAGGAAUGUUCAUGCCCCAAUCCCUUCUGCUCCAGUUGUACCACAACCAAAAUCAUCUGUUCGUCCCAUUCCUCGAAUGUCUGUGCCUAUGCCCAUGCCAUUUCGACCUCAGCAAGCACAACUUCCUCCUCAAUUUAUUGGACCCAACCCACAGAUGCAAUCACCAAGUCUUGCAGCCAAUUCACUGCAAAUGCCAAUGACGUUACCUGUGGGGAAUAACACCCGAGUUGUACAGCAGAAUUAUGUUCCUAAUAUCCGACCUCAUCUUGUGCAACAACAGGCAGUGAUGCACCAGGGGCAAAGUUUACGGUUUGCCCCUCCAAUUGGUCAUCAAUUUUCCCCACAGUUAGGUAACUUGGGAACUCCCAUUGCUCCACAAUUCCCCCAACAGCAGUCUGGUAAAUUCGGUGGCCCACAUAGGACUGCAGUGAAGAUAACACAUCCAGAGACUCAUGAAGAAUUGAGGUUUGAAAGAAAAAAAGAUUCUGUUAAGGAAGGUGCGGCCACCGUGCAGAGGCCACUUUCUAGUGUAAUUCCUCAGUCUCAAUCUAUUCCAACAUACACUCCCUCUCAUCAGAUGAAUUACUACUCCCCUAUACAGCAGACUACUUAUAGCCAGUCUCAACUUAUUUUCCCCAAUACUGUUCCUCCGGUAAGGGGGCAGAUGCCUACAAGCUCACAGGCUCCCAGAUAUAAUUAUCCAGUUAGUCAAUCUGGGCAACACUUGACCUUCACGAGCUCUUCUAUGGUGAACAGUGUUCCUGGUGGCAAACCUGCAUUUUCAUUACCUCGGCAUAGUAUUUCUGGAGGGACUAAGUUUGAGGUGUUUCCAGUUUCCUCCUCCUUGCCCACUACAGGCCAGGUAACCAUGAAGCCACCUGUUAGUUUACAAGGUGAGAAAGUUGGGCUGUCUUUGUCGAGGCCUCCUGUAGUAAUUAGCAUGCCUUCUAGCAUGGCAGAAGCACCUGAAUCAGCAAAGAUUUCUGCGGAUGAUACUGUUCCUAAUCAAAGACACACAGAAUACAGUCCAGAUGGACCUUCACAGCAGCCUAAAUCAAGUUCAGGAUCCUUAAAUAAUGUUCAGCUGCCUGUCACAGAUUCAAGUUCUACUGCUGCUGUUCCUCUUCUCUCAACACUGAUAUCACUAUCUGAAGCUUCAUCAGCUUCUGAAACAGCAGCUGGUGAUUCUGGAUUAGUGCUCACUGGAAAUGAUUGCAGGAAAAGAGAACCUGCCCGAAUAUCUGAUUCUUUGAAAGAUAACCAAAGGAAGCCAAGUAAAAAGGAUGUUAGAAACUGCCAACAGCAGCAUCAGCUAGAUGCAGCUUCUCCUGAAGGAGCAAGACUGUCUCCCUCAAAAGCUACUAAGGUUAGCUCUGUGGGAACUCAGGAAGUAUCCACUAAAACUGAGAAUAUUCAGACUCAUUCAGCAUUUGAUCUGCCUAGUCCAAUAAGGACUUCUCCUCAAGCUGAAGACAGUAUUUCUCCCGAAGUAGUAGCAUCAGAACCAGUUGAAGGUAAGAUAAUGCCUACUGCAUCUGACUCAUUUGGAUCAAUAUCUGAGAGGGAAGCACAUCACGAUUCUGCACUUGGUUAUGUUGGCUCAUUUGGUGCAGCAUCUGAUGAUGUUUCUAUCAAGGAUUAUGUCCGUGCUGAGGCUACAACUUCUUUGGGCCUUAUGGUGGAUGGAACUGACUCUGAAAGUUUGGGUGCCAACUUGAGUGUGGUUAACACGAUUUUGGAUUAUAGGAGAGAGGAACUUGGGAAAUCUGAAGCAUCAAAUGAUCCAUCAAAAGAUUUCACUAUUUCUAAAGCAUGUCCAUCUUCUGCCUUAGCAAAGUCUUUUGAGAUCACAGAUGAAGUUAUGAUGUUAAAACAAAAUGAUGGAAUAGGAAAAAGUUGGGAAGUGAAAUCUAGCAAGUAUGACGAAGUGGACAUCAAACUUCUUAGUGGCUCCAAUGAUGAUGUCGGUCGUGAAGUGCAGGAAAGUAUGACGCUAGAUAAACUAAAAAGGCCUAUAGAUACAUCUUUGCACUUAAAUGAUUCUGAAACUGCAUUUGAUAAGAAUCUUUCAUCUGCCAGUGAUGUGAAUGAUAAACUUGAUACUUCUUCAACCAAAUGUGAAAUGAAAUACAGCGAGGAUGUUGGUUUAACUGAUUCUGGUGUGGCACUUUUGGAGACAGCCGCUGUCCAUGAUACAUCUCUUUCUGAGGUGGUACAGAAGCCAGAAUCGAAAGCUUUGGAUUUACCUGAUGAUAAAUUGGCAUCUGCAACAAGCUUGGGGCAGAAGGAGAAGCCUUUACUGGAGACCUUGAAACCUAAGGUUACUGCUGGAAAAAAGAAGAAGAGAAAGGAAAUGCUUUCUAAAGCAGAUGCUGCAGGGAGUUCUGACCUUUAUAAUGCGUACAAGUGCCCAGAGGAAAAGCAUGAAGAUUUCAGUAGGUCAGAAAGUAUAGAUGGUUCAACGGCCGACACAAAGGUUGCACAUCUAAAUUCUCGAAGUAAGGAAGAUGGACAGAAUAAAGCUGAAUUGGAUGACUGGGAAGUUGCUGCUGACAUAUCAUCACCAAAACUGAAAACAUCAGUGCAUGGGCAUCUAGCUGUGGGAGCAAGGAAGCAAUGUGAUGAUAAUGGUUUUGAAGCUACUAAUCGAAAGAAAUACUCAAGGGAUUUUCUAAUGACCCUCUCUCAGCAAUUUACUGAGAUUCCUGUGGGUUUUGAGAUUGCUUCCGAUAUAGCAGACGUGUUGAUGAGCAUUUCAGUUGGAAAAUCACCAUCCUCAAGUCCUGGGAGGAUCAUAGAUCGGUCAUCGGGUGCUUCUCGGAUAGACCGUCGUACAGGUGGCACUUUGGAUGAUGAAAAAUGGACCAGCUCACCUGUCUCUUUUGGCACUGGCCCUGUCUCUGGGCGUGUAGCUGCAAAUGUAAGUCUUCGUCCUGGGCAAGGUGCCAGUCAUGGUGUUUUGAGAAAUCAUCGUGGGAAAACGCCCAAUCAGUUUGGAGGAGGGAUUCCAUCAGGACUAGUGCAAUCUCAAGGAAGCAUGCCACAUGGUAAUGCUGGUGCAGACAGGUGGCAGCAGGCAAGAGGCUUAAUAGCCUCUCCUCAAAUACCCUUACAUGCAAUGCACAAAGCCGAGAAGAAGUAUGAAAUUCACAAAGUUUCUGAUAAGGAAGAGGCAAAACAAAGACAACUAAAAGGCAUCCUUAACAAAUUGACUCCUCAAAAUUUUGACAAGCUCUUUGACCAGGUUAAGGAAGUUAACAUCGACAAUGCUGUCACUCUUACUGGUGUCAUCUCGCAGAUCUUUGACAAAGCCUUGACGGAGCCAACCUUUUGUGAAAUGUAUGCUAAUUUCUGUCUUCAUCUUGCUGGUGCACUACCGGAUUUCAGUGAAAACAAUGAAAAAAUAACUUUCAAAAGACUGCUCCUGAACAAAUGUCAAGAGGAAUUUGAAAGAGGGGAGAGAGAACAAGCUGAAGCAAACCAGGUCGAAGAGGAAGGUGACGUCAAACAGUCUGAAGAGGAGAGGGAAGAGAAAAGGCUCCAGGCCCGUAGGCGCAUGUUAGGUAAUAUUCGGUUGAUCGGGGAAUUAUACAAAAAGAAGAUGUUAACUGAGAGAAUUAUGCAUGAGUGCAUCAAGAAGUUGCUGGGAAAUUGUCAGAAUCCUGAUGAAGAGGAUGUUGAAGCACUGUGCAAAUUGAUGAGUACAAUUGGCGAGAUGAUAGACCAUGCAAAGGCAAAGGAACAUAUGGAUGCAUAUUUUGACAUGAUAACUAAGUUAUCAACAAAUCAGAAGCUGUCAUUACGUGUUAGAUUUAUGUUGAAAGAUGCAAUUGAUCUUAGGAAAAACAAAUGGCAGCAAAGAAGGAAAGUUGAGGGGCCAAAGAAGAUUGAGGAGGUUCACAGGGAUGCUGCUCAAGAAAGGCAAGCUCAAUCAAGUAGAUUGGCUCGUGGCCCUGUCAUCAAUAAUAUUCCGAGACGUAGUCAUGCAGUUGAUUAUAGCCACCGUGGGUCAUCUUCAUCGACCUCUUCAAGUUCCCAUCAGGUUGGUGGGCCCCGUGGAUUGCCAUCUCAUGUUCGUGGCCAUGGAGCUCAAGAUGUGCGGUUGGAGGAGAGACAUCAGUCUGAAUCGAGGACUAUGUCACUUCCCCUUCCACAUAGGGGUACUAAUGAUGAUUCUAUUACUCUUGGUCCUCAGGGUGGCCUGGCCAGGGGAAUGUCUAUCAGAGGACAUUCAUCAACAUCUAAUGUAUCAGCUGCUGAAAGUUCUCCGGUUGUUGGGGAUCUUCAUAGAAUGACACCGGGUCCCAAUGGUACUAAUGGUAUGGCUGAUAGGAUUUCUGGAGCAACAUACAAUCAACUAAGUCAUCAAGAUCAUGGUAAUAACUACAGCAGCAGAGACUUUAAGGUUUUAGGUCCUGCUUUUGAGAGAUCUGCCACAUCUGCCCUACCUGCUGGGCGAACUAAUGACACUUUAGGUAGCACCCUAACUGCAGUUUCUGAAACAGGAACAUUUCCAGAAGUUCUGCAAGAAAAAUCAAUUUCAGCAAUUAAAGAGUACUACAGCGCCAAGGAUGAGAACGAGGUUGUAUUGUGCAUCAAGGAAUUAAAUGCUCCAAGUUUUUAUCCUACCAUGAUAUCAUUAUGGGUCAGCGACUCCUUUGAGAGAAAAGACAUGGAAAGGGAUCUUCUGGCGAAGCUUAUAAUCAACCUCUGCAAUUCCAGAGAUUGCUUGCUUAGUCGAGCACAGCUACUCCAAGGGUUUGAAUCCGUUGUUUCUUUGUUGGAGGACGCUGUAAAUGACGCCCCAAGAGCAGCAGAGUUUCUUGGUCGUCUAUUUGCCAUAAUUGUUAUGGAAAAAGUGGUGCCUUUGAGAGAUUUAGGGAGACUGAUACUUGAAGGAGGCGAGGAACCAGGCCGUGCGAGAGAGGUUGGACUUGCAGCAGAGGUUCUUGGUAGCAUCCUCGAGACCGUAAAGUCAAAAGGAGGGGACUCCGUUUUGAAUGACAUUCUGGGUAGCUCCAAUCUACAGCUAGAAGAUUUCCGGCCUCCGCAGCAGAUCAAAUCCAAUAAGUUGGAUGCAUUUCUUCAGAGUUAGAAGGAUGCUAUGUGCAGGGCAACACAUGGGUAUUUAGGUUCACUAGGGCUUUUCAUCCAGGAAAACAUGGUACAAUUGGUCUUUAUUUAUGCAUGCGUGCCGUCGGUGCCAUUGGGGUUG